CCGAUGUAGCUUUAUGUGUGGGUACUUUGAGUAAGGCAGCAGGGUGUCAUGGAGUUGAGACAGAGAUUUGAAUGUUGUGGUAGACUGGUAACAGCAAAAAAUGGAAGCAACUGAUCCAGUCUAUAGGUCGUUCAUUCAUAUUUUCAACAGCCAUGCCUGUCCUAAUGGCUGCAGCUGCUUAUGCUGCGGUUGUAGUGGCGAGGAAGGAAGGAUGGAGAAGAAAGGCAACAUGGGAGAGGGUGAAAGACUUUGAGGCAUUGUCUGGAGUUCAAAUCUCAAGCCCAAUUAUCUCACUUGUUGUAGGCAAUCAAGAGAAAUCCCUUCUAGCGAGCUGGUAUUUACUAAAAUCAGGCUUCCAUGUAGUGGCAAUAAGACCACCUACAGUGCCACCCAAUUAA